AUGUCGCCUACAAAGGCUGAACAAAACCAGAUAAAAUCUAUCAUUGGUAAUUCCUACAAUCGGCUAUAUAGCCAGUUUACCUCUGAUGAGUUGUCAGAGGUUGGGAAUUACAAGAUACUUAAGCAAAUAGGUGAGGGAAGCUUUGGUAAGGUAUAUUUGGCAUCACAUAAGCCUACUCAUAGAAAAGUUGUGUUAAAGACGAGCGAUAAGAGUGACCCUAAUUUAGUAAGAGAAGUAUUUUACCACAGACAAUUCGAUUUUCCCUAUAUUACAAAGUUAUAUGAAGUAAUUGUUACAGAAACUAAAGUCUGGAUGGCUCUGGAGUACUGUCCUGGUAGGGAAUUGUACGAGCAUUUACUGAUGCUGCAUAGAAUCCCACUAGAUGAAUGUGCAAAGUUAUUUGCGCAAAUAGUGAGUGCUGUACACUAUGCACACUCGUUGAACUGCGUUCACAGAGACUUAAAACUGGAAAAUAUCUUGUUAGACAAGAAUGGGAACGCCAAGUUAACAGAUUUUGGAUUUACAAGGGAAUGCGUGUCUAAAUCCUCCUUAGAAACCAUCUGUGGUACGACUGUUUAUAUGGCUCCUGAAUUAAUCCAGAGACAGGCAUAUGAUGGGUUUAAAAUCGAUAUUUGGUCCCUAGGAGUCAUCCUUUAUACUAUGAUUAACGGAACUAUGCCCUUUGACGAAGAUGAUGAAACUAAAACUAAAUGGAAAAUUGUCAACGAUUUUCCAAACUUUAACGAUAAUUUUGUGAGCCAUGAAGCUAAGGAUUUAAUUAAGAGGUUAUUGGCCAAGUGCCCAUCAGAAAGGCCUACAAUGGAACAAAUCCUAUCACAUCCUUUCCUACAACCUUAUGGACAAAUUAUGUUAAGCAGAACUGAAAAAAUCAUUAAACGACAGCGGUUAGGUAUGACCCAAUUCCGUUCGAGAUUGGAAAGGAAACUUUUGAAAAGAUUGAAACAAUCGGGGUUUGAUGCCCAAUCGAUCAAAGCGUCAAUUCAAAAGAAAAAAUGUGAUUCUUUAUCGGGACUUUGGUUAUUACUAUUAGAACACGAAAGAGCUUGUGAAAGAGUAGAUUAUCCAAGGAGAAGUAGAUCAGUUCUAUCAGUGAAAAAAGUUUUUGAUUCACAACCAUCAAUUCAGGAAACACCUGAAUCACGAAUACCUAUAAGGAGGCAAAAUUCUAGUUCGGCGGCUGACCUUAAAAAUGUUUCGUCUUUGAGAAGAAUGCUCAGUAAAAAUAGUGAUGCAAAUGAUGUACUGCCGUCAUAUGUAGAGAGGCGAUCCCAGCAACAACCGCAGCCAUUACAACAACAAACACAGAACCAAUCACUGGUAGAGCUCAAGAAUAAAAAAUCGAUAGACCCAUCUCGUUCGGUUAUAUCGAAACAGUCUUCACCACCACCACAACAACAAUGGUUAUCAACAAAUGAUAGUACUGCCUCUGUAUCAUCCAUCAAGGGCUCCGGUAGUAGUGGUGGUCAUCCAUCUGGAAGUAAGAAAAAUAACAUUCUCAGUAAGGUUACAAAAUUCUUCAAAUCCAAAAAGCAACAGUCUAAUAACAAUAAUAACAGUAGUGCCAAUAACAAGUGUAUGAACGGUAAUAAUGGAGCGGGAAGUCAUAAUGGAUCUCAACGAAAUAGCAAUUAUCGUAAAAGCCAUAGUACGUCUCCUACUGGUUCUACAAAUGCUAUCGAUCACACUGGUUAUCAAGACAAAAAGAGAACCAAUCGUUCAGAAUCACUCAAGUCUGCCACGAAGAGUUCAAAUCAAUCUACCGCCAAGGAUCAGGAUACUGCGGCUUCACAAUUAAAUGAUGUUUCAGCAGAUGACGCUGUUAUCGAAUCGAAAGUUCAUUCCGAUCAAAGACUGUUGAAAAGAUUAAAAUCACGGACUUCUAGUGACAUUUCUGGUCAAACAUCGGCAGGUAAUUAUGACGUGGAAACAGUGUUCAAUCAAAACAUCCAGUUGUCAUCGCAUGAUGGGCAUAAAUCACCCAAUUUCUUACGCCCAAGACCGGUAUCAGGUAUAUCGGAAUUCUCUAACGAUACAUUUAACUCUGAGUAUUCGACAGAUGGGAAUGCUUCAUCACUACGAGUUUCGGAUUUCCCCAGGCCAAAUUUCCCACAUGCGAGUACCGGAGAAGUAAGUUCAGAUCUUAAGGGUCGUAGCAUUUACAAACAGACUCUUGAUAGAAGAGAUUUGAGCAUUAUGUCAAGCGCUUCAAGCGCAAGUGAAAGAAGUUCUAGAACAGACUCAUUUUACGACAUUACGACAGCUUCUCCACCCACAAUAAUGGAUAUACGGAAGACAAAGGGAACAGCGGUUACUGACUCAGUGCUCCCUAGGUUUGGUGCCCAACAUACCUGGUUUCCCAGACGAAACCGCAGUGGCUCACGACGUGGAUCUAUUGGGAGGAAAAACCAUAACCGAGGGUUUACUAAGGCCUCUCAACCCCAGUCUAUUAUUCAGGAAGAAGGUUCAUUAAAUUCUCAAGAGGAAAAGCACACUUCCAAUAGUAUCAUUUUAUCGCCACAUCAGAGUUUAGUCAUGGAAGAAGACAAUGAUUUUCUCAACCAGAGUGAUGAGCAUUCUGUUCCCAAAAGAGUUGGUUCCAUAUCAAGAUCAUUAACGCAUUAUCAUCCGUUUGAAAAUUCCAACUCUUCAUUAGCGGGUCAAAUAAGUGCCGGUGAAGCUCGUAGCUGUUCCCCAAAAUUCCCUAUUAUUUCCUCUGGGAUGAGUGCCCCAUCUUUAGUUACAGAAGACGACGAAGCACUACGAAUCGCAGACCAGGAGGAUAACUAUUCUGACUGA